CGUUUGGUUACAAAUUGUUGAUUUUUGUUUUUAAUAUGUUGUAUGUGUCGGACCCUUCACGUUUCUUGUGUAAAAACAGCAGAUAUACCACAGUAGUGAAAGGAUCCAGUACCGCUGCAAACGCAUUCGUAUGCUACCAAUAGUAAGACAUGGCUGUACGAAUGACUUUAGUAAGAAUGGGUAGAAUGGCGGAAUGUGGGAAAAUUGGAAUUUGAACGGCCAUUGCCCAAAACAGGCAGCUAUUGCUAACAGGCGUCCGUGUGCUGUGGAUGUGUAAUUAGUGCAGUGGUGAACCAUUAACCCCCCCCCCCCUUUCCUAGCAGGAGCUAGGCUGUGCUUUGGGGAAGAUACUGCUCAGGUAAUUUAAAUACCAUGCACUAUAUUUGAAGAUUGUUUAUUAAAAGGUACCGUCCAUUAGGACCUCUUUUGUAUGGACCUUUAGAGUCUACCGUCCAGCACACGGUUCGGCCCGCGGAACCGGGAACGGUUCCCGCGCCUAACUUGUAAAGGAGCCACACCGUCCUUCCGGACGGAUACUCGGGUACAGGCCCUAAUCGUAAAGGAGCUUUCCCCUCUCGGCCGUCCAAGGUGGUUAGCCCACGGCCGGCCGAUUGCGCCCACGAGGGAAGACGCCUGCAUCCCCCCCCCCCCCAGCAACGCCCGUUGGUCCGUCGGCCAAGUACCGGCCCCGCUCGCCUCGUCACCCGGCGAGAUUUCCGGCCGCACAGCUGGACUGGAGUCGCUGUGUCGGCCAUCGAACCCACCAAACAACGAAAGCAGCGGUAUGUACCGGUACGACCAUUUAGCAUAGGACACACAUAACAAAUUUACACUAAGUUAUUACACAGAACAACACGCACACGCCACAAACUAGGGAUUUUAAUAAAUAUGUAAGAAAAGUGAAAGAUCUGUGUAGUUUUUGUAUCGCGAAAAGCCCUUGAUUACCCAGUAGCUAGCCGACCCUGGGAUUUCCGGAGUCUCUUGUGUCCUGAGUCGGCCUGGCACUGAUAGUAUUGACCGAUUAGUUUCACUUGGCACCCAGCCAAAAGUCCGCGAAAGGUAAUCAAGGGACCGAAGUAGCAUACAAAAAUCUAACGAUUUUUGCCGACGGGAGGUGGCAGGGAUACGUGCUUGCACGUAUGUCUCGCCCCUUACGCACUAUCUUAGCUCAAGUGAUAAAACUGUGAUAUUACGAAGCUUUUGCUUCAAAAGAGGUCCUGAGCACAUCACGGACACAUUUGCUCUCGAUUCUCGUUUUUACCGCAUAAAAAUUCGUUGAUGUUGGCAAAUUUUGUGUUUCGUGAUCCGUUUAUGCAUUGUCCAUACAUAAAUCAUAAUUGAACUUUACUGUUUUUAUGCACAAUCACAAUGACAACACACGCGCACUAUUUAUUUUAACCCGUUUGUUUUGUUACGUCACUAUGUUUAUCGAAUUCAUUUUACCCUACUGACCCACAACACUCACACCUGAUUCUCAUGCAAUGACUCGCAAGCGACGAGCAAAGGCUGAAACCAAUUAUAAACCAAUCAAUUGGCAGCCGUCGACGUACGAUGCGGACGAGUCGGACUUGGAGGACUCUUUUGAGAUGCCUCGUCCGUUGCUCUCGACGCAUCCUAACUACCCGUUGGAGGAGUUAGAGCUGGACCUCGAAGAGACUUUGCAUACCAUUCGGGAGCAAAGAACUUCGGGGGUGAUGAUGCCAGCAGACGUCGUUAAAAUUAAACGAAUAAUUUAUCUCUUCAUGCGUGACAUGAACAUCGUCACAUGCGAUGUUAAUUCUCGCUAUUUGCCCCCCAGCGCGACAUGCGAAUAUAGGGCGCCGGAAUCAGAACCAGAGGAAGAGAUCGAGUUGAUCAUACCUAGUUCUGAUUCCGAAGACUUCGAAAUGUCCUUCAGCGAGCCCGAUUCUGAUUCGGAAGACCUGCUUCAGGUAGAAAUGGGAACGAAAAGGAGCCCAAUGUCACGUUAUUCUUCUGGUUAUUUCUCUCCCGAUUUUGACACCAGUAAGUCGGUGCUUCAUUCAUCAAAAAUUCCUCGAGACUUACCUGGUGAAGCUUUCCAAUCUUCAAAGCAACAAACUUCGAACCCCGAAUCCCUAAGAAAGCAGACCCGGUCGUUCAAGAUCCGGAAAAAGGCCAACCUAAAACUUCAAGCGGAACCUACGGCCAAAGAACUGUGCAGCGAAACCCUACUUCGAUUAUUGGAACCGAACCCUUCAACGAAAAUUCCCCGUUCCGGACGCACACCUGGAACCCCCCAAAAAAGAUUUUCAUCCAAUAAAAAGAAGAACAAACUCAUCUUAAUUUGUUAAAAAUUUAUUUAACAUUUCUUUCCGGCUCUCUUCAACACUUUUCGGCAAUUUGCCAUUUCUGCGGUGAGAUGAGGGAGUUUUGGAAUGUCCCCAUUCGCCGGCGGCACACAUCGCUGGAUGAAGUUGAUCUGGAAAGAGAGGAAUGAAUCACUUUUUAGCAAUAAAAAAAAACACCGAAGGACUAUGGAAUUGUUAGUCGAUUGUGUUAGUUGUUAUGAGAAUCGUUAGCUGUUAGUCCUGUUUAAGUCGGACCGACGGAUGAAAGACUCCGAUCGGUCGUAAAAAAAGGCUAGCAUGCAAGUAAUAAUAGA